CACAGCUUUCUCAGAGCUGGUGCCAGUCUGUGAGGAUUUCAGGAGGGGGCACAGGCCUCUGGUCUGGGUGGCAGAAGCCUAUAUUUAUUUAUUUAUUUAUGUAUUUAUUUUACUUUUCUUUUUCUUUUUUUCUUUUUAUUAUUAAUGUUAAACAUCUGACAAUGCAGUGGAAAUUGGUUGUCCUGGGGCUCCUGUUGUCUUUUGGACAGAUGUCAUGGGGUCACGAGGCCAUGAUCAUUCCUGAAUAUGAUGGAAAGGAGCGUGUUCACGUCCUCACUAUCAAGAAUUAUAAGUCUGUGAUGAGGAAAUAUGAUUUAAUGGUGCUGUACUACCACGAACACGUCGGACCCAGCAAAGUGGCCAAGAAACAGUUUGAGAUUGAGGAGCUGGCUCUGGAGCUUGCUGCUCAGGUUCUAGAGGACCUUGUUGAAGAUGUUGGAUUUGCAUUACUUGAUGCGAAAAAAAACAGAGAUGUUGCCAAGAAGCUAGGUCUGCAAGAGGCAGACAGCAUCUAUAUCUUUAUAGAGGAUGAAGUCAUUGAGUAUGAUGGGGAGCUGACGGCGGACACACUGGUGGAGUUCCUCUAUGAUGUGAUUGAUAAUCCAGUGGAGGUGAUUGAUAACAGCAACGAGCUGAAGGGCUUUCAUAGUCUCGAAGAGGACAUUAAACUAGUCGGGUACUUUAAGCAUGUCAGGUCUAAACACUAUGGUGUGUUUAAGGAUGCAGCAGAGGAGUUCCAUCCUCACGUGAAGUUCUUUGCGACGUUUAACCCAAAGGUUGCUAAAGAUCUACAUCUGAACAUGAACGAAGUGGACUUCUAUGAGCCUUUCAUACACAAUCCACUCAGUAUCCCUGGAAAACCCUACACUGAAGAGGACCUGGUUAACUUCAUUGAGGAGAAUAAUAGACCAACCCUGCGGAAACUGAAGCCACACAACAUGUAUGAGAUAUGGGAAGAUGACUUAGAUGGAGAACAUAUCAUUGCAUUUGCAGAGGAAGAUGAUCCAGAUGGAUUUGAGUUCUUGGAGAUACUAAAGGAGGUCGCUGAGGAAAACACACAUAAUCCAGACCUCAGCAUCAUCUGGAUUGACCCUGAUGAAUUCCCUCUGCUUGUCCCUUAUUGGGAGAAGACCUUUGACAUUGAUCUGUCGUCACCUAAAAUUGGCGUGGUGGACGUUGUGGAUGCCGAUAGUAUAUGGCUGGAGAUGGAUGACCAUGAUGAUAUGCCAACACCUGCUGAGCUGGAGGACUGGCUGAUGGACGUUCUGGAGGGGGAAAUUGACCCUGAUGGAGAUAAUGAUAGUGAAGAUGCUGCUGAUGACGAACAUGAUGACGACAACGAUGAAGCCGAUGACGAUGAUGAAGAUGACGACGAUGAUGGCAGCGAUGAAGAUGAUGAUGAUGAUGAUGAUGACGACGAUGACGAUGAUGAUGAUGAUGAUGAUGAUGAUGAUGAUGAUGGCGAUGAUGACGAUGAUGACGACGACGACGAUGACGAUGAUGACUGAAAUUAAAUUAUUUACAAUAAAAGAAUAGAAACUGUA